AUGUUGAAGUCAACAUUUCUGCUCGGUCUCCUCGCCUACAGCCCUCCGAUCAACGCGAGCCCAGCUCGAACCCUUGCUCCUCGCCAAACUGGUUGGCCAUGGGGAUCAGGUGGUUUUCCUUGGGGCAGCAGCGGCUCAGGGGGUUCGACCUGCCAGUGGACUGGUCACUGCUUAGCCGGCCGCUGCGCCAACCCAACCGGCGGCGGGGCACAGCCCAACUUCCCUAUCCCGACCGGCCUCCCUGCUCAGCCUGGCUCUGGGUUUCCGAGCGGCUUUCCCACGGGUUUCCCCAGUUUUCCGACAGGCUGGCCUUGGGGCCCUGGUGGCAAUACAGGAGGUUCUACUCCUUGCGUGUGGGAGGGCCACUGUCUUGGCGACCCUUGUGAGACAGAGAACGACUGCGACGGCGACAUGUUCUGCCAGAACAGCCGCUGCACAAACCCGACGCCCACCAGCCUGCCGAACUUUCCCACUGCUCUACCUAGCUUCCCUGUUUUCACUCCUGGUUUUCCUGGUGGCGGCUUGACCACGAUUAUUAGGACAACCACAGUCUACGUCACGGCGACACCAAGCUCGACUCCCACUCCGACUAGCUGGACCUGUGUUUGGGAGGGCCACUGCCUUGGCGAUCCUUGCGAGACCGAGAUUGACUGCGACGGCCACUUGGCCUGCAGCGCUGGGAAGUGUGCUGAGCCAACAACAGAGCCGGCUCCCACAAGCGCCUGGACUUGCGUCUGGGAAGGUCACUGCCAUGGUAUUCCAGGAAAGCAAUUAAGUUAA